GAAAGAAGACACGCACGGGAUGUUGGGAUGGAGGGAUGAGAUAAGUGCAGAGAGGAGUUGAAACCGGACGCCGAGCAACAACCCCUUACACUCGUUGGCUGCAGAAAAUUACGAGACGGCUGAGUCACUACUGGUGAGGAGGAAGGUCUGGAGAGGGAACGCAAAAGAGGGAGGAGGUGGAGGAGGAGGGGGAGAAAAAGAAGAAGAAGAAGAAGGAGGGAGGGAGGCAGUGAGAUAACCCACAACAGGAAACAAAACGACACAAACACACGUAGACAUACACACCGCAUGUUUGUGUGUGUGUGUGUCUGAGAGAGAGACUGCGCGAACUACAGGGUGAACGGGAAAGGAAGGGAGGGAGAGUGACGCGGAGGCUGGGAGAGCCGGCCCCCCCCCCACCUCUCCUCCUCUCCCUCUCUUUCUCUCCUCUUCUCCUCUCCUCCCCUCCUCCCUUUCUCUCUGUGUGGAGCAGGCGUGUAGCGGCAUCAGACUCGGCGUGAAGGAACCAUGAGCGAUGUCACCAUCGUUAGAGAGGGAUGGCUCCAGAAACGGGGUGAAUACAUAAAGAACUGGCGACCGCGUUACUUCCUGCUGAAGACAGACGGCUCUUUCAUUGGCUACAAAGAGAAACCUCAGGAUGCAGACCUGCCGUACCCCCUAAAUAACUUCUCCGUCGCAAAAUGCCAGUUGAUGAAGACCGAGAGGCCGAAGCCAAACACCUUCAUCAUUCGCUGCCUCCAAUGGACCACAGUUAUUGAGAGGACCUUCCACGUGGACUCGCCUGAUGAGAGAGAUGAGUGGACAGAGGCCAUCCAGAUGGUGGCUGAUAAGUUGCAGAGACAAGAGGAGGAAAGGAUCCAGUGCAGCCCCACCUCCAACAUCGACAACAUGGUCGAGGAGGAGAUGGACAUCUCCACUACGCACCACAAACGCAAGACAAUGAGUGACUUCGACUACUUGAAGCUUCUGGGAAAGGGAACCUUUGGUAAAGUGAUUCUUGUCCGGGAAAAGGCCAGCGGGAAAUACUACGCCAUGAAAAUCCUCAAAAAAGAAGUCAUCAUAGCCAAGGAUGAAGUGGCCCACACACUAACAGAGAGCAGAGUACUGAAAAAUACCAGGCACCCUUUUCUUACUUCUCUGAAGUAUUCGUUCCAGACUAAAGACCGUCUCUGUUUCGUCAUGGAGUAUGUGAACGGAGGGGAGCUGUUUUUCCAUUUGUCCAGAGAGCGAGUGUUCUCCGAAGAUCGCACGCGCUUCUACGGCGCCGAGAUCGUCUCGGCUCUCAACUACCUGCAUUCGGCAAAGAUCGUGUACCGGGACCUGAAGUUGGAAAACUUGAUGCUGGAUAAAGACGGCCAUAUCAAGAUCACAGAUUUUGGACUCUGCAAGGAGGGCAUCACUGAUGCUGCUACCAUGAAAACCUUCUGCGGCACACCAGAAUACCUCGCGCCUGAGGUCCUGGAGGAUAACGACUACGGCCGGGCGGUGGACUGGUGGGGUCUGGGGGUUGUCACGUAUGAGAUGAUGUGCGGCCGGCUACCGUUCUACAACCAGGACCACGAGAAGCUGUUCGAGCUCAUCCUCAUGGAGGACAUCAAGUUCCCACGAACGCUGUCAGCGGACGCCAAGUCUCUCCUGUCCGGCCUGCUCAUCAAAGACCCCAACAAGAGGCUUGGGGGAGGACCAGACGACGCUAAAGAAAUAAUGAGACACAGUUUCUUCUCCGGUAUUGACUGGCAGGAUGUUUACGAUAAAAAGCUCCUCCCUCCCUUCAAGCCCCAGGUGACGUCGGAGACGGACACCAGGUACUUUGAUGAGGAGUUCACAGCUCAGACCAUCACAAUAACUCCACCAGAGAAAUUCGAUGAAGAUGGGAUGGACUGCUUGGACAACGAAAGACGGCCACACUUCCCGCAGUUCUCGUACUCUGCCAGCGGGCGUGAAUGAACUGUCCGUGGGUGUGACGUCAUCACAGCUGGUCUCUGAGGUCAUCGGUGUGGGAACAAAUGACUUUGGACUGACCCAGAGUGCCCCAGACCUGAGGGAUUAUGCCCUUCUCCUCCAUUCCUUCUCUCUUCUUCACCUCUCCAGUCUGCUUCUUUAUUUAUUUAUGUUUUUGUGAUUCAGAUCAUAAGAAAAGAAAGAGAAAAGUGUAAUCCUGCACUGCGAGCCGAACUGUGAUGCGAUCAUUUACUUUGUAAUGACCCUUUAAUGUGAAACAGGAGCUUCACUCGUGGUCUGCUGUGUUUUGACAUGCGAUUGUCCACCCAAAUACUAUAAACCAACACAUCUUUAGAAAUAGGUAUAUUAUUAACUGAUGCAUUUCAAGGAGGCGAUGUUGUCGUUUCUCAUUAGCGUGACAGAGAUGCAGCGUUUUAAGUCCUUCAAACCCAAACUGCCGUUACUGGUUGUAUCUCAGGCUUCUGCAAACACAGACUCAGAGACUCUUGCGUCUGGCUUCAUGUUGCUCAGUCUAGCGAUUCUAGGAUCGAUUGAUCGGUUGAGUCCUACACACCUCACGUUGUCAAGCAGGAUUUGACUCAGGUGUCGCUCAAUGCAAAGUCGUUGUUGUUGCUGCUAUUUCAAAUACUACCACAACUACUACAGGUACUAUCGCUCCUACUAUUGCUCUUCUACUGCUACUACUUACAGUAAAUCCGGUGCUACACUUUCUCCUAAAUGCUGCUUAUGACCUUUGGCGCCAGCAAAACACCAACCACCUGUAUAAACAUCCAAGCUUGUACAGCCACCGAACUGCUGCUACUCAGCUGUACAUGAUCACAUGUCAAAUCUGAAGUUAGGAAUACGAUAGCAUGUCAUGUUUGUGUGUGUGUGAGUGUGUCAGAGCCAGUUGUGGGUCUUUGUUUCAAACUGCACCUCAAAGCACAGCAGCUCAGACAGACGAGGCUCCCAAACAAAUGAGUUUCACUACAUUUCCCACGGUGCAGUGCAGGAUGGUGGACAAUCAUGUCCGAUACAGAAGAGGUGAAAAUGAGAUGAAACAAGCUGAUUUGAAUGUCCCCCCCUCCCCCCAAAGGUUUUAUUAUUAUUAUUGUUAAUUUAUUUUAACUGUUUUCUGUCCAAAAAGAAAAAGGGCAAACAAAACCGAAACGGUACUUUUAUUUAAACCACGUAAAGCUUUACUGUGACACGAUAUCGUGGCUUUGGGAUCGACACAACUGUACCUCUGUGUGUCUGGAGGAAAGAGAAACUGCAGCAGAAAUGUUUAAUUUAUGAUGUACGAUGGGUAGCAAUGUAACAGCUGAUCUCCUGUUUCCUGCAAGUUUCCUUGAAGGAUAAAAAAAGAAAAAAGCGAGAUGGUAUAAAUUAACAGUUAUGGGUUUACAAGAAUCACAGCAAUGGCUAUAAUAUAUGUUCUAUUUAUUGUUCUACUUAUUGGUUUUAUAUUUAACUUUUUCUAUUGUUAUUAUUAUUCUAGAAAAAUAAAUAUAUUGUUAUUUUUAGGGCUUAGAGGAAGAAAUUUGCACCUCAAGAAACAAAAAUGGCUGAAGAAUGUAGGAGGUAAAGCAGAUCGCCUUCCUGCUGCAUUGUUUGUUUUCUUUGAUGUUUUUUGUGUUUUGUGACCAAAAUGUGACGGCCGGAAGAUGACGGGACACGUCUAGAGUAGUCGACAGGUCUAAAUCCUCCCACAGGGGUUGAGAUGCCCCGACUCGUCUCACCUGAUUGGUUUACGGACGUCCCUUGUGUUUAAUCCGACCACAGGUGUGUGAGUUAGCGGGGGCUGAGGCAGAGAUGAGAGAAGGAUGAAGUGGAAGUUGAGCAGAAAGAAAAAGAGGGAAGCACAGAAGUCUGAAUGUAAAGGCGCCAGGAGAUUGAGUGCUGAACUGUAAGUGUUUAAAGUGAGUGUGCGGAGAAGGAAGGUGAGAGGAUGAGAGGUGGCCAGGUGGGCGUACCUGAAGGGUCCAGAGCGACCGCUGAACCGUGGGUGAACUCUGCCGUCUGGAGUGAACUCUGCCGUCGGGAGUGAACUCUGCCGUCUGGAGUGAACUCUGCCGUCUGGAGUGUGUGCUGCCGUUUCCUCCGGUCUGGACGUUUGCGUGUUUGCAGUUGUUGCAUCAUCAUGUCUUCCAGUCUGACCAACCAGAUCUUAGAAAAUCCCCUCAGUUUCUUCGUUUUCAAGCGCCAGGUAAGCCUUAUGGUUUGGCUCAGAUUACGUCAAAAAAGUUUGACAUCCAGCACUUCAGAAUAAUAUAUAUAUAUAUUUAAAAAAAAAAGUGAGAACACAUUAGGAAAAACUCCCAAACAUCACCUUCAGCAUCUGGUGGACAGAUUAGCGAGCGUACGAGGGGAUGUGCUCUUAUUAGGCGUUUGUUCCCCACCAUAUUUAUUUGAAUGUUUGUAUUAUCAUCAUUGAUGGAUAACUUGAAUUUAUUUUCUAUUUAAUUUAUUUGUUUGUUUUUUGUAAUGGCAUUUAGCCGUGUGGGGGUGUAGUUGUGUCCUACUUUGUUCUAAAUCAAGUGUCUCCUUUUUUUUUUUCUUCCUUUACAGAUAUCUUCUACAGCAUUUUGCCUGUUUUUUCCGCUGCUCUCGAGUCCAUAUGCUUUACUGUUGCACAACCAUUAAACUGCUAAUAACUAGAAAAGCGCUUUAUGGCAGAAAGUAUAAAAGAAUGGCGCCCGCCUGCAUGCCGUAGUCCACCUCUGUCCGCAGCAGCAGUCCUGAGUCAAAGUGGUUCUCAGAACUCUUAUGAAAAAUACUUUUCUGUGAUCCGUUGAGCCGAUCUGGCACCGCCGGAGCAGCUUAAUGGUUCAAACUUUGUCCAGAACCCACCCCGGCAUCCUCAGCAGCUCCUGAGUAUUUGGAAGGACUUCAGUUUUGAUUUGACCCAGGUCUGCGAGCGGCGGAGGAGUUCUAGCUGUACGUGCACGCUUAACGCCAAAACCAUCAGAAAAACCAGAGUUCAUACAAAUCCUGCUUUGUAGCUUUGAACACAGCACUUUCACUCCCAUCACUUUUGAUAUGGUUCACAGGAAUCUGAUUCAGCCCUGCUUUAAAGGAAGAUUUUUAGCUUUUUUAUGUUUUUAAAAAAAAAAUAAAAAAAUUUAAGAUUUUUAAUUCCAGUUCACAUACAACCGCUAACUUUGAUGUUUCUCUGAUAUCUAGAGCUGGCAGAACCCGAAUGAAGUGUCCUACAUGCAGUCGCUGCGGAGCGGGCUGUGCAUGGGGCUCAGUGGGAAGGUUUAGCAAACUGGUCAGGGUUUUAUAAAGUGAAAAAAGAAUACCUGAUCUUUGCACUAAUGUCUCUGGCUUGAAAAGUUUUCCUCCAGUGAGUCUCCAACUUUCUCUGUUCAGUUGUGUCGCAGUCUGAUUCAGACGGAGAUCAAAGAGAACAAGAAUGUUUUCCUCUUAAUGUCCAAGAGUAGAGAAGAUGAACUUUGUGGGCUUUUUCCCCUUAACAUGUCACAAGUCAGCCGUCUCAGUCGUUCCUUAACUGGAUGCUGAAAUUCAGUGUUACUCUGACUGAGUUUCUGUUUUACUGGUGCCCUCCUCAUCUGGGACAGCGAGUGAAAUCUGACGCUCUGACGGCGUUCACUCUUAAAGCUGCUGCUGUUUGUACUGUACAUCUACCACCAACAGAUCCGACUCCCGGGAGUGUUUUUAGUACUACUUUUUGUGACGAUCUCAGCUGCUUUGAAAUGAUCUCGUCUAUUCUCGAUGAACCAAUGACAUCAGCCAAAACAUCACGAACUGUGCUCUGCCUGCCGUUCAAAUGCAGAUCUGUAAAAAGGCUCACGUUUGGAGGGAGUUUUCAAAAUAUUUGACCUCAUGUCUACUACAGGCUCCAUUUCCUCUCUUCUCCGGUACUGCUCCAUCAUCUUGAUUAUUACAGUAACAAGCAAGCAUGAGAAGCAUUUAUUGAUGAACAGCAAACAUGUAUAAAUAGUCAAGAGUUUAACUGAGUUUUAACGUCAUCGUGUCCAUUAUACUGUAGCUCUACAGUAGGGAGAGACAUCUGUGGGCAGCGUCCAGCUGUGGCCAGCUGUGGCCAUGUUUCACUGAAGCACUGAAACAAUGAAGUCAGCUCUGCCCUCUGACGCGUCAGCGGAGCAGAGAUGAUACCGACUCCGAGACAGUGUCAGGAAACUCGGUGGAUCCUGAGAGAUUCACAGAAAAGCAGAUCAAAAAGCCUUUUUCUGUCCUUCAUGCUGUCAGGAUGAAGUGCUGCUGGCCAGUGAGGCAGCGAGGAUGUGAAAACAACAUAUUACCAUCAACAUGAAGCUGUUUCUUUCUUUCCUUUUUUUUUUUUUUUUUACACUGUACAUCCUUAGUAUUUUUACACAUAAAAUGUAUAUGAUAGGGAUGCACAUUAUUUUUUUUUUCCUUUUUACAGACAGCUUCAAUAAAGCACUAUGUCA